ACGGUGGCGGUGCCCUCGGCCGGGCAGCGCCCAGGCCGCUUGGCCAGAGCCCCGCGGCCGACGGCGGCCCGGGCCAUGAGGAGCGACCGGGCCCAGGCCUCGCUGACCCCGGCUCCGCGCGGCGUCCCGUCCCGCUUCCGCUCCGGCCUCUCGGCAUGAGUGUCCGUCCGGGCCCGGGGCCGUGGCUGCCCCUGUCCCGCCGCCCGUGGGCGCGCUUGGGGCCCUCGGGCCCGCGGUGCUGAUCCCGGCUCUCCGCCACGCCUGCCCACCCUAGCGCUCUAUGUCCCGGGGGCGCGGCCAUGGAGGUGGUGGGUGACUUCGAGUACAGCAAGCGGGACCUCGUGGGACACGGGGCCUUCGCUGUGGUCUUCCGGGGGCGGCACCGCCAGAAAACUGAUUGGGAGGUGGCUAUUAAAAGUAUUAAUAAAAAGAACUUGUCAAAAUCACAAAUUCUGCUUGGAAAGGAAAUAAAAAUCUUAAAGGAACUUCAGCAUGAAAAUAUUGUAGCACUCUAUGAUGUUCAGGAAUUACCCAACUCUGUCUUUCUGGUGAUGGAGUAUUGCAAUGGUGGAGACCUGGCAGAUUAUUUGCAAGCUAAAGGGACUCUGAGUGAAGAUACUAUCAGAGUGUUUCUCCACCAGAUUGCAGCGGCCAUGCGAAUCCUGCACAGCAAAGGGAUAAUCCACAGGGACCUCAAACCGCAGAACAUCCUGCUGUCUUAUGCCAACCGAAGGAAGUCGAAUGUCAGUGGUAUCCGUAUCAAAAUAGCUGAUUUUGGUUUUGCACGUUACCUACAUAGUAACACGAUGGCUGCGACACUGUGUGGAUCCCCAAUGUACAUGGCCCCUGAGGUUAUUAUGUCUCAACACUACGACGCUAAGGCAGACUUAUGGAGCAUAGGAACAGUGAUCUAUCAAUGCCUGGUUGGAAAACCACCUUUUCAGGCUAAUAGUCCUCAGGACCUAAGGAUGUUUUAUGAAAAAAACAGGAGCUUAAUGCCUAGUAUUCCCAGAGAAACAUCACCUUACUUGGCUAAUCUCCUUUUGGGUUUGCUUCAGAGAAAUCAAAAGGAUAGAAUGGACUUUGAAGCAUUUUUCAGUCAUCCUUUCCUUGAGCAAGUUCCAGUUAAAAAAUGCUUAUGGUCAUCUCUUAAUGCAAAAUGUACUCCACCCAAUUUAAAAGUUCCCAUAGUCUUAAUGUUCAACACUACCCUAAAGUCAAAAGUCUUUAAGACUCAGUCCCUUCCAGAUAUGCAGCAUAUUCAGGAAGAAAACUUAUCCUCCCCACCGUUGGGUCCUCCCAACUAUCUACAGGUGUCCAAAGACUCUGCCAGUAAUAGUAGCAAGAACUCUUCUUGUGACACGGAUGACUUUGUUUUGGUUCCACACAACAUCUCGUCAGACCACUCAUAUGACAUGCCAAUGGGGACUGCGGCCAGACAUGCUUCAAAUGAAUUCUUUAUGUGUGGAGGGCAGUGUCAACCUACUGUGUCACCUCACAGCGAAACAGCCCCAAUUCCAGUUCCUACUCAAGUAAGGAAUUAUCAGCGCAUAGAACAGAAUCUUAUAUCCACUGCCAGCUCUGGCACAAACCCACAUGGUUCUCCAAGAUCUGCAGUAGUACGAAGGUCUAAUACCAGCCCCAUGGGCUUCCUCCGGGUUGGGUCCUGCUCCCCUGUACCAGCAGACACAGUGCAGACAGGAGGACGAAGACUCUCUACUGGCUCUUCCAGGCCUUACUCACCAUCCCCUUUGGUUGGUACCAUUCCUGAACAGUUUAGUCAGUGCUGCUGUGGACAUCCUCAGGGCCAUGAAGCCAGGAGUAGACACUCCUCAGGUUCUCCAGUGCCACAGACCCAGCCACCACAGUCACUCUUCCUGGGUGCUAGACUGCAGAGCGCACCCACCCUCACCGAUAUCUACCAGAGCAAGCAGAAGCUCAGAAAGCAGCACUCUGACCCUGUGCGUCCAUCCCAUGCCGGGGCUGGACACAGUUACUCACCUCAGCCUAGUCGGCCUGGCAGCCUUGGCACCUCUCCCACCAAGCACAUGGGGUCCUCUCCACGGAGUUCUGACUGGUUCUUUAAAACUCCUUUACCAACAAUCAUUGGCUCUCCUACUAAGACUACAGCUCCUUUCAAAAUCCCUAAGACACAAGCAUCUUCUAACCUGUUAGCCUUGGUUACUCGUCAUGGGCCUGCUGAAAGUCAUUCCAAAGAUGGGAAUGACCCUCGUGAGUAUUCCCAUUGCCUCUCAGUACAAGGAAGCGAGAGACAUCGAUCUGAACAGCAGAGCAAGGCAGUGUUUGGCAGGUCUGUCAGUACUGGGAAGUUAUCAGAACAACAAGUAAAGGCACCUUUAGGUGGACACCAGGGCAGCACGGAUAGUUUAAACACAGAACGACCAAUGGAUGUAGCUCCUGCAGGAGCUUGUGGUGUUAUGCUGGCAUUGCCAGCAGGAACAGCAGCAAGCGCUAGAGCUGUCCUCUUCACCGUGGGGUCUCCUCCACACAGUGCCACAGCCCCUACUUGUACUCAUAUGGUCCUUCGAACAAGAACCACCUCAGUGGGGUCCAGCAGCUCAGGAGGUUCCUUGUGUUCUGCAAGUGGCCGAGUAUGUGUGGGCUCCCCUCCUGGACCAGGGUUGGGUUCUUCCCCACCAGGAGCAGAGGCAGCUCCCAGCCUAAGAUACGUGCCUUAUGGUGCUUCACCACCCAGCCUAGAGGGUCUCAUCACCUUUGAAGCCCCUGAACUCCCAGAGGAGACACUGAUGGAGCGAGAGCACACAGACACCUUACGCCAUCUGAACAUGAUGUUAAUGUUUACUGAGUGUGUGCUGGACCUGACGGCAGUGAGGGGUGGGAACCCUGAGCUGUGCACAUCUGCUGUGUCCUUGUACCAGAUUCAGGAGAGUGUAGUUGUGGACCAGAUCAGCCAGCUAAGCAAAGAUUGGGGGCGGGUGGAGCAGCUGGUGUUGUACAUGAAGGCGGCACAGCUGCUGGCGGCUUCCCUGCAUCUCGCCAAAGCUCAGGUCAAGUCUGGGAAGCUGAGCCCAUCCAUGGCUGUGAAACAAGUUGUUAAAAAUCUGAAUGAAAGAUACAAAUUCUGCAUCACCAUGUGCAAGAAACUUACAGAAAAGCUGAAUCGCUUCUUCUCUGAUAAACAGAGAUUUAUUGAUGAAAUCAACAGUGUGACUGCAGAGAAACUCAUCUAUAAUUGUGCUGUGGAAAUGGUUCAAUCUGCAGCCUUGGAUGAGAUGUUUCAGCAGACUGAAGACAUCGUUUAUCGCUACCACAAGGCAGCCCUUCUUUUGGAGGGCUUAAGUAAGAUCCUGCAGGACCCUACAGAUGUUGAAAAUGUGCAUAAGUAUAAAUGUAGUAUUGAAAGAAGAUUGUCAGCACUCUGCUGUAGCACGGCGACUGUGUGAGUAGCAGGCUUGUCUGUGGAUUGGCACGGAACAGGAGGUGAUACACUUGGGAUUACAUCUUGAUUCUGUCACCCAUCCCAGGACAGUGUGGUGACUACCAAAGAACAAGCAGCAGCUUAAGAAGGAAGAACAAUACAAAACUACUACAUAUUGUAGAAAACCUGCCUUAUUGGAGAAGUCACUCCCCCUUUCCUUUCUCUUUAUAGAAGCAGAAGCAAAAGAGUUUCCCACAUGGCUCAAGUUAUUUGAACCUGACAAAUAAUAAAUGUACCUUAGAACUAGCAUUAUAAGUACAGUUAUUCUUGUGGAUAAUUAAACAGAAAACAAAGUGAGUGACUUCAUUCAGCUGUCUGAGCAAUCCGUGAAAUUCCGUGUUUUGCUCAAGCACACACAAGCAGAAGAGUACACAGCUCAUCCGGGCAAUCCGAGAUUUGGGGCAUGUUUGUCUGCAUCUGAGCGUGCAUCCUUAAACAGCUCAGGAGGAGGAAGCUUAAGAAGAAACAAAAGGUGACUCUUGGAUGAAUUGUGAAAUCUUCACCUUGAUCUAAUGUGGACAUGAUGUUAAUCUUCCAAAAAUCUUUCAUAUUGCACUAAUUUAUUAAAAUAACUGUGUAUUGGAUUUUGCAAUUUAAAACUAACGGAGGCACAAUGGACUUGUUUAAACACUUUACUUGAUUAUCUACAUGUCCUUUUCAGAAUUCAUGUGUAAUCUCCACUGAACUUUUAAAUGGUUGGAACUUGCGUUCACGUGAACCUUUGCGUUUUUCUCACCUGUUAUCUUCACCAUCAGAUCCUCUUAGUGGAAUUUUGAGCUGCUGGUUGUUUGCAUUUUUUGUUGUGCAUGCAGAAUGUGCAUCGACCCCUGUGAUCUUAGGUUUACUAAAGGCUAAGUUUAUUUGGGCAGUAUUAGAAAGCUAUCAUGAGUCAAGAAAUACUCUUGAGAAUUUUAAUAGGGCCAAAUCAAAGUGAUGAAUAAUGGCUUGUUAGUGAUGUGGAGUUUCUACAUGAAAUUAGUAAGAAAUGAGGUUCAUUUUCCCUUAGGAAAAUGGGCAGCUCUCUCCAGACUAAUAUGUACUUCUCAGUGUUAACCCUGAGUUCACCAUAGCUAGUCAUGGCAGAUCAGCACCUCUCCAAGAAUGGUUCCUGUGUUGUAUAUUAUUUGGUAUCUUUUACUUACCUGCUUGAAUACUUGAAUAAACCAUUCACCGGUUUUAAUCCUUUUACUUCAAAACUUACACAAACUGACCUAUGCUCUGAUAGCUGCACAGAAACUCUUUGGCACCACACUUGCUUUAGUGUGCUGAUUAAAGUUAACAGAGAAAACAUGGUUUUCAUUUACUUGGUGAACAAAGUAAUGUAAUUUUUACAUUAUUUAUCUGUAUGAAAUUCCAGCAGUUAAUUUGAACGUUUAUGUAUAGGAUGUUUGUAUUUUUAGGUCUUUACUACAGUGUUUCUACCUCUCAUUUGUAACUGCAUUAUCUUCAAACUAGGUAAAACCCACUAAAUCAUUGUGGAAUAGCCUUUUUUAAAUUACUUGUACAAAUGUAUAUUAAGGUUAAAUAAAACUGACAGUGUUUUUAGGUUA